AUGUCCGAGGACGAUGAAACAGCGCAGAAUGUCUCACCACCUCUGGGAUGUUUCAUUGAUCAAGUGCAUAUGAUCUCGCGACACGCGGAACGAUACCCAACCCCUUCUGUCGGAAGACGCCAUCUCAGCUUUUUGGAACGGGUUCGCAAUUUGAAAUCACCUUUCAACUCUUCGCUCGAGUUUUUGAACAACUGGACAUAUUUCACCGACAACCCAGAGCGAGAUUUUGGCCAGUUGACUACUACGGGUCCCUAUGCAGGGGCCUUGACUGCUUUCACCACAGGAGUGCAGUUCCGAACUCGGUACAAGGAUCUGCUUGGCCUCGGAUCCUCGAUUCGUUUCUGGGCAAGUGAUUCUCAACGGGUAAUUGAUUCAGCUCGUCAUUUUGCAGCAGGACUAUUCGGCCUCGACUGGGAGACCAGGGGUGCAGCCGAACUUGAAAUCAUCCCGGAAAUUUUUGAACGAGGUGCAAAUACUCUUACUCCGGGCAACACAUGCCGCCGGUACCUUGAGGACUCUGAUCAUGGACAUGAGAAUGGAUACACGAUGCUGGGGAAAUAUCAAGACUUGUACACCCCUGGAAUCUCGCAGCGAUUGGUUGCUGAAAAUCCCAGCUUCGGCAAUCUGUCCAGCACGGAAAUUUACGGGAUGCAGGAGAUGUGUGGGUUCGAAAUCAUGGUUCGUGGACACAGUUCUUGGUGCUCUGUCUUCACUGAGGAUGAUUGGUGUCACUUUGAGUAUGCUCGUGACAUCAAGCACUACUAUGGCUCUGGGCCAGGCAAUCCAUACGGCGGAGCGAUGGGUUGGCUCUGGUUGAAUGCCACGACGGAACUACUUCAGGCUGGGCCUGAAGCUGGAUCAUUAUUCUUCAGUUUCGUUCACGAUGGAGACCUUUCUCCCCUUAUUGCCGCCCUGAAUCUCUUCGAUGAUCCAAUUCAUGCGCCGCUUCCACUUCAGAGUAUCCCAAGGAGCCGACAAUGGAAGUCCUCGCAAGUUUUACCUAUGGGGGCGAGGCUCUCACUUGAACGGAUGUCAUGCCGUAAGGCGGGUGGAAGGGAUGAUAGCGAUGAGGUGUACAUUCGCAUCAACAUGAACGACAAAAUCCUGCAGUUACCUGGCUGUAAGGCAGGCCCUGGUCUCACCUGUUCACUGAGAGAGUUUGCAGACUACGUUUGUACUCGUGAAAACGUGGUUGGCAAAUUUGAUGAUGUUUGCGGACUGGAGGGACGUGCUGAGCGUAUUCCAUUCUUGCGCCAACAGGGCAAAUCCUGA